CCGAUGUGACGUAGGGCUGGAGGCGUUGGCCGGGCAGUGUCACUGUUAAACCAAGAAGAAGAAGAAGACGUCCUCUGAAUUAAUCUUCUAGAUAAUCUGAGCUGAAUAACUCAUUUUAUAACAUUUUUAUUCGGGACUUUAAAACACAUUUUCGUGAAUUUAUCGGAAUGAUUAAAAACGGCCACCACGCCACCGAGGAGCAGCGGGACUCCGGGCGCAGUGAUCCGGGGGGAGCGGCAUGCAGCCCGGACAAGAGGAAGCGGGUCGUCCGGCUGUGGUGCGACGGCUGUUAUGACAUGGUUCACUACGGUCACUCAAACCAGCUACGGCAGGCCAAAGGCAUGGGAGAUUACCUCAUAGCGGGAGUACAUACGGACGCUGAAAUUUCCAAGCACAAGGGCCCCCCUGUCUUCACUCAGGAAGAACGCUACAAGAUGGUGCGGGCCAUCAAGUGGGUGGAUGAGAUAGUGGAGGGAGCGCCGUACGUCACCACGCUGGAGACUCUGGACAAAUACAACUGUGACUUCUGUGUGCACGGAGACGACAUCACGCUGACAGUAGACGGUAAGGACACGUAUGCGGAGGUGAAGCGGGAGGGCCGUUACCGGGAAUGCAGACGCACACAGGGCGUCUCCACCACUGACCUGGUGGGACGGAUGCUCCUCAUGACCAAAGCUCAUCACAGCAACAUGGAUAAUCCAGACUACCAGCAGCACACAGAUAACUUUGGGAAAGGUCCUAAAGGCCACAGUCCCUGGACAGGAGUGUCUCAGUUCCUCCAGACGUCUCAGAAGAUCAUCCAGUUCGCCUCAGGAAAGGAACCUCAGUCCGGAGACACCAUAAUCUACGUAGCCGGGGCAUUUGAUCUCUUCCACAUCGGCCAUGUUGACUUCUUAGAGAUGGUUUAUAAGCAGGCAGAAAGACCCUACGUCAUCGUAGGUCUGCACUUUGACCAGGAAGUGAAUCGGUACAAGGGGAAGAAUUAUCCAAUCAUGAACAUCCACGAGAGGACGCUGAGUGUCCUGGCCUGCCGGUAUGUGUCAGAGGUGGUGAUCGGGGCACCCUAUGCAGUGGGCAAAGACCUGCUGGAUCACUUUAAGGUGGACCUGGUGUGUCAUGGCAAGACAGAAGUGUUUCCAGACAAGGACAGCUCAGACCCCUACGCUGAGCCUAAGAAGAGGGGAGUAUUCAGAACCAUCGACAGCGGGAAUAAUCUCACCACUGAUGACAUUGUCCAGAGAAUCAUUGCAAACAGGCUGCAGUUUGAGGCCAGAAACCAAAAGAAAGAGGCCAAGGAGAUGGCGGUGAUCGAGGCGAUGAAGAGGAAAGAGCAGCAGGAUGACAGCGAGGCUGCAGCAGAGGCCGCUCACUAAUAACACCCCAGUACUGUUUGUGUGUCUGCUCAGCUUCUCGAGGUGGACUUCAGAGACCCAUACGAAGGCGUCCACGUCGGUGUCCACGUCGGUGUCCACGUCGGUGUAGACUGGGCCUGCUUUCACGAUAAAGCCAGUUCGUCUUUUAAGUCCACUAUGUGCAAAAUCCUGUUUGUAUGUUUGGUGAAGCAGAGUGCGCGUGAGUGUGUGUGUGUAUGUGUGUGUGAUACAUGCUGCUGUGUUAGCUCCUCUAUCUGUGCAGACCUGUCCUGCCUAAUGGGAUUAGAAUAGAUCUGCCUGGAUAACAACACCUGACACGUAUAACGACCUACCCUGCAGAAUCCCUUUAAACCUCCACAGUCAUCUUUUAAAUGUUUUCUUCUUCUGUCCUGUUUUUGUUUGUUUGUUUCCAUGAAAUCACAUACUACCUGUCUCUGUCCACGUGUAGAAAUGGAGUUUUUAACAAGCCAUAACUUAUUGAGCAAUUUUAACCUUUGUACGUUUUUGUUUUUAAAUUUGAAACUAUUAGUUUUGAAUGAUCAGUCUUAUCAGUCAUCAGUAAGCUUGAAUGUGGUCUAUGUUUCACGUUAACAAACAUUUAUUUGAAUUUCUAAAAGCCACUAUGAUUUUAUUACUCCUGAAAAAAACAACAUGACUACUCUGCUAAACCUUCUGUGAUGCAGUCUGAUUAUAAUUGUAAAUUUGUAACUGCCUGAAUUUGCACCAAGCUUGUGUGUGUGUGUGUGUGUGUGUGUGUGUGAGAGAGAGAGGGAGAGAGGUUAGUGAGUGUGUGUGCUUGUAAAUGACAGUAGUGCCUCGUUCCUGAAGAUGGACUGAUCUCAGGGCUGUGGCUCACGCUCUGACCAGUGUCUCCAAAGCUGUUUAUUAAUAAUACGUCCUGUCCUCCAUUUGCAAACAUGUUUCAGAAACUAGAAUGACCUCUUUCCUCCUUUUUCAAAGACAAUCAAAGAGCUGAAAUAGUUGGGACCCAGUUUCAUUGUCAAAGUGCUAAUGCAAACCUUUUAAAUUGUUGAAGCUCACUGUCUGUUUUGUUUCUGUUCCGGGCAAAUAAGUAAUGGUGCGAGACGGUGAGUGUUUUUCAGUGCGUGUAUGGGAUGGUGGCAGGCUCAGUAAUGAAUAACUUUCUUAAUAUUAAAGUAAGGGAUUUUCAACCUCUGAAUCACUGUAUUACUGUGUGUAGCUAUCUUUUAAUAAACUGCUCAUACUGCAAAGCA